AGAUAUACUCUCACAGACGUCGCUGCCUGUGCUCUGUGAUUGGCGCUUGUUGGUAAUAGUCGACGUUUACAGAUAAGGAACAAGUGGUGCUCUUGCCUAGGUUAGCGAAGUCAUCUCGUGUCUAAGAAACUAUCCAGAACUAUAUAUCGGGCUUAUAGACGUCACACACACUUGACACGUUUCAAAACUUGGAAGGAUGACGAAUGGUUUGGGCAUGGCGGAAGACGAGGAACCAAAUUUGACAUUCGAGAUGAUUAUCCCAAGUAAAGCCCCGGCAGAUCACAGCAAUGUUACAGUAUUAGAGAGGAAUGCCAGUACACCGUUACCCCCAGGAUACGAACCAUUGGUUGUUCCUCUGUACACACAGACCAUCAUUAUCACAAUGUACUCCUUGAUUGUCAUACUUGCUUUUGGUGGGAAUUUGAUCAUCUGCUAUACAGUAAUGAGGGCAAGCCGGAUGAGGACAGUGAUAAACCUCUUCAUAGUCAGCCUUGCUAUUAGUGAUCUAUUAAUGGCGCUGUUUUGCAUUCCCUUAACAUUUGUUGCAAAUCUUAUUCUUAACUAUUGGCCUUUUGGAGAUUUCUUGUGUCCGGCCUGGUCUUACCUUCAAGUAGUCGUAGUGUUUCUCAGCUCCUUCACUCUGAUUGCUAUAAGCAUGGAUAGAUAUGUGGCAAUCAUUUUCCCUCUCAGACAAAAGCUGACAAAAUCAAAAGCCCUCUUUAUUAUCUGCAUAGUGUGGUUCCUGGCUCUAGCCGUGCCUACACCCACUGCCUAUUAUGCCAGAACACAUCGCUACGUGGAUUACCCAACAGCACCAACGUUCUGUGAGGAAAUAUGGGAUGAUGAUCAAUCGAAGAGAAUCUACUCCACGGCUAUCUUGAUCCUGCAGUACAUGCUGCCUCUGGUAGUGAUGGCCAUCACCUAUGGCCAAAUUAUACUUGUCAUGUGGAUCAACAAACCACCAGGGGAAGCUGUGUCUAGUCGAGACCAGAGGAUGGCAGAAUCUAAGAAAAAGAUUACCAAGAUGAUGUUCACUGUAGUGUUAAUCUACGCUCUGUGCUGGCUUCCUCUACACGCUCUGAACCUUGCAGGCGACAUAAACCCCAGCAUUUACGACGGCGAACACAUGAAUAUUCUCUGGAUGGUGUCUCAUUGGCUAGCAAUGAGUAACUGCAUGUACAACCCCUUUGUCUACUGUUGGAUGAAUUCCAAGUUCCGACAGGGCUUUGUUUCAGCCUUCAGGUGUUUAACAUGUGGACUUGUUAAGUUCCGGAGGGACAGGGAUUCUAUGAGAAUGCAGAGACAAAAUACAUACAUGACAUCAGUGACUAAUACUAGCUGCAGAAAGCGAUAUUUAGUCAAAGAUAAUUGUAUUGACUCGGCGGAAGGUAGCCCACUGACGGGACAUAGAAAUGGCCGAAUGAGUUCACGGACUUAACUGAGGGAGACGGGUGUUCCGCUGAUGAACAAAUUGGGAAAGUUGAUAUUGCAUCGACACCUCUGAAAUUGAUGAUCUUGACCAAAGAUAUAUUCAAAUGUCCAUUUUAGGCAACGUUCUUGUAUAAUGUAAGAUACAGGUUCGUAAAUAUAUCCUUCUUUGUACAAACAUGGAUAAAAUGUAGAUUUUAUUUUGUUCUCUUUGUUUCAAAAGAGCUCCAUAUAAAUGUAAAAUAUGGCUUGUUUAAUUUUCAGUACAAUUAUGUAUUUCAUUUUUAUGUGUAUCUAUUUCGACUACGUCUGAGGAGUAAAAACAAGUGUUUUUAUAUUCAUUAUUGAAGUGGUUUCUUCACAUGUUUACAUUUUAAAUAAUUUUACUUGUCUCAUAUGGUGAUUGCACGCUACUGUAAUGCAUUUGCCAAUUUUGCUUUAUGUAUUAAGGCGUUUGUCCUCUUGGAUUUGUUCAAUUAUAUAUAUUUGUGCAAAUGUGUCAUGUUGGUAACAAUACUUCACUUCAUUUCGGUCAGUACUGAGAGGAAACAAAUUGGAACUUCACGUGACAGUCACACGACAAACAACUUGACCCAGGAGUGUUUAUAAACUGACGCCAAAAGAAACUUUACCAUGGUUUAAAUCACUCUACUUUAAAAACCACAAAAGAUCGAUGCAUGCAGUAAAAUGUAUUGAAAAGAUCCAAAUCUCAAAGAAAUCAAUAUUUUAAUUGACAGUCAUAAGCCUCCGAUAUUGGCAUUACAGUUGCCCGAAGUGGGGUAGCAAAACCAAGCUUUCAACGUAAUGGACAAAGGGCACCCACAUCUAAAAUUGCUCAAGUUCAAUGACACGUCACGUUAAUAGCGUGUAUGACAACCCCUGCUGCAAGACACGCAAAAACUCUCCGGCGCACAGAAAAAGUCAGUCGUCUGAUGACUGGAAGAUAUUCUUCGUGGAGGGCCUGGAUCAGUUACUGUCGGUCGGCUGGAGAAUGUGGUCGCUGUCGAACACGACGAUCCUUGCAUCCCAGAGGUGUUCUAUGGGGGACAUGCGUUGGAGGCGUGCAAGGUCACGGCAACGCGUUUAUGUUUUUGGCUGCAAGGAAGUUCUGUACAUUAAUAGGUCGCGUUGUCAUGCUGAUAAAGGACAUCACGUGGCAGCUGUUGUAGAAAUGGUAAGAACGUCAUACAUAUAACGCUGAGCUGUCAAAUGUCUGUUAACGAUGACCAGUGGUAUUCUCUCCUGCUCACAACUUCCUCCCCACCCAUAACACCCGAUCCACCAUACGCCACGAUCCCCUGAACGCAAUAUGCCGCCGUUCAACAGACAGAAGCGGAUUUCAUCAGUGAAUACGACCCUCUGCCAGAAACGUCGAUGCCAGCGACGUACAAUCUAGGCCCAUCUUAGUCUAUGGCGACUAUGUUAUGCUGUCAGUAACUGUACUCUGUAAGGUCUGUAAGCCCUAAUUCCCUGAGCCCUAAGUCGCCUGGCCACAGUCUGUCGCCGAUAAUGUCACUGUCUUCAUUGGGCGUAGUUAACCUGGGUCUGCCUGUUCCUGGUCUGUCUGAUGUCUAUCCGGUCAGUCUUUAAGGUUUCGUCAGAUUAGAUAUAGCAACAUUGGAGCAACUAAAAGUUCUAACAAUGAGGCAUGGGUGUGUUCCAUCUGGAUCAACCCAGGGUCCGCUCGCAUUGUUUGAGUGUCAGUCAUGGCAUUCUGUCGUGCUUUUUUUCAUCAGUGUCAGUGUCUGAAAUGCCGUCCGUAUCAUUUAUGUACCCUCAUUGCACGUGUAGUUUCAUCUGCCUUAGCGGUACGUGUUUUUCACUUUUUCGCAUUUUCUAAAAAAGACGUACUUUGGACGUCUAUCUCUUUCUGCAUAGAGCAUUGUUGUGUUUGGACGACUUGUUUUGCAUUGAUUUAGUUUGAACUUGUAUUAUUACAUUUUUGCAAUAAUUUUUUUCAUUUUUAAAGUGGUAAAGUUUCUUUUGGCCGUCAGUUUAUUCGUGCGAUCUGAUGCAGAUCAAAGUGUAUACCUACAUUCGAUUAAACAUACAAUAACCUGUACUAAACGCGGUUGUACUACCACACCAUCGUUUUGACGGUUUAUGUAUAUUACACUAAAACCUUCGAACACGUUACAGUGCUGCCCGAGGUAUUAUUAAGGUAGCACAAUUCGACGAGAAGACCUUGCUUAUCAAUCUUCUGUUAAUUCAAGCAGACAGUGAGAACUCCCUCCAGGAAUAAAAUUGGACCUCGCAUUCAAAAGUAACAAAAUGGAUUGCUCACUGAGUUGGGAUCAGGCGAGGAACUCUUCUUAUGGAGCGAAUUAGGUGGUGAUUUACAUUUUUAUGGUGAUUAUAAUGAAUGGAUUAAGACUAAUAAGGAAAUCACUUCCUUGGGGAAUAUGAGGCGGAAUUUCACAUUCGCGAGAGAACGUCAUGAUUGAAAUUGUACAACUGAAUUGUUGGAAGUAUUCUUUUAAUCGGGUUACAUGGGUGGCCGUCCCAGUCGUCUGAGGCGCCGCAAUUCGCUGUGCAGAGUUGCGUCCACGGGCAAGCCAGAAACAUUUGAUCGUGGGUUCGAAUCCCGUAUACAUCUAUUUAUGUCAACAUUGCUUCAUAUCACAGUAUGAAAUGCAACUUGAGGUGCAUACUGCUCAAUAUAUUGUAAUAGCUCAGAUUUCAAUAAUUUACAUCUUACGUAGUCAUGAGUAUAAGUUUGCACUUUUGUUGUAACUUACAAAGUGAACGUUUUAUCAUGUAAUUAAUUCAAAUAAACGUUG